AUGGCAGGUACUAAGCUAACGAAAGAGGAGGAGCUGCUGCUGCAGGAUUUUUCUCGUAAUGUUUCAACGAAAAGUUCAGCUCUCUUCUACGGUAACGCUUUCGUCGUUAGCGUCGUACCGUUGUGGCUCUUUUGGCGCAUUCAUCAAAUGGAGCCGUACAACAGCCUUGUCUAUUGGAUAAUAUUCACGGUGCUUUCGACGUGGAUGUUGGCCUUCGCCUACCGAAACGUUAAAUUUGUCCUGAAACACCGAAUCGCUCAAAAACGUGAAGACGCUGUUGCAUAUGAAGUCAUGCGAAAAUACGCCGAUGACCGGAAAGUCUCUAAAAAAGAAAAAGACGAACGAAUUCUGUGGAAAAAGAACGAAGUCGCCGAUUAUGAGGCUAUAAUGUUGAGCAUUUUAUACAAUAACGCAUUUUUCCUCAUGCUGUAUGUGCUGUUUUCGUUUUUUAUAUUUCACACCCUGUCCAUCAAUCUUAACUAUAUACUUUCAAUUGGUGGUGCUAGUGGCAUUGUGGCUCUGUUUUCUACUGCUUCUCAUUAA